AUGGAGCAUCUAGUGGAGCACAUGAGGAUCUCAUAUCACUCAGUUCACGAGCCCAUGUGUGGAAUCUGCAGAAAACAUUGCCGAUCGUUUGAAUCUCUGAGGGAGCAUCUGAUAGGUCCUUUGCCAAAGGCAGAAUGUGAGAGGAUAUUCAAAGACAAAGGAUGCGAUCUCUGCUUGGCCAUCCUUAGUAGCAGCAAUGCUCUAAGGGUUCACCGAGAGACAUGCCAACUCUCACGCACUGGAGCUCUUUAUCGCAUGGCCAACUUAGGAAUUCAAGAUGACUUGAGGAUUGAUAAUAAUAGGGCAAAAGUAGUUGCACUUGCUUGCAAAAUGGUUGGCGGUGGCAGUGAUGGCUCCCUUGAUCUUUGUGCAAGGGUUUGCCUCACCGAUGAAUAUGAAAACAUGAUCUUCCAUACAUAUGUCAAACCUCCCCUUUCAGUCACCAAUUACAGGUACGAUAUGACUGGAAUACGUCCAGAAUUCUUAAGGGAUGCAAUGCCAUUAAGACAAGUCCAGAGGAAGAUUCAAGAUUUUUUAUGCAACGGGGAACCUGUAUGGAAGAUACGCUCUAGAGGUGGAACAGCAAGGAUCCUUGUAGGUCAUGGUCUGGAUCAUGACCUUAAAUGCCUAGAAAUGGAGUACCCUACCGUAAUGAUCAGGCAAGUUUCUGUGGACACAGCAAAAUAUCCUCCAUUAAUGAAAACAAGCAAGCUCAGCAACUCCCUCAAGUACCUGACAAAAUCAUACCUAGGGUAUGAUAUUCAAACUGGUAUACAAGAUCCUUACGAGGACUGCGUCGCCACAUUGAGGCUUUACACAAGGAUGAAAUCCCAAGUUCAUAAAAUGGAGAACUAUCCGCUCGCUACUGACCCACAAAACCGAAACAAUUUCGCGUCAUGGAGGCAAAGUGAGCUGGAGAGGAUGACCCCAGAUGAAAUGCUGGAGAUCUCAAGGUCCGAUUACUACUGUUGGUGCUUGGACUGCAAAGAUGGUGCCUAA